AUGAAGCAGGUAGUAGACGGUAUACAUAGAGGUUCUAGUACCAGCGGAGUCAGUGUAAAACUGCCUUCUGUCCGUAACGUGUCGAACCAUAGUCAGUCGGGUAAAUCGUCGUACAGUUCGAUCAGAAUCCUUCUUCAACUUAAAAGAGUCCUACAGAGAGAAAAAGCGCGCGACGACUUCUGUCUGAAAACUUCCUUAUCGCGAGGAGUUACGCCAGAUAUCCUUGAAAUCCUCCACUCUGUUUCUGUACAGGAAAAUUCGAUGGACGAGCAGCCAUAUGGUGAAGCCGAGGAGAUUUAUCGGAAAUACCAACAACAAAAUGAUCAAUAUAAGGGAAUACUUGUAGAUAUCUUAAAGAGAUAA